AUGGCUAAACAUCACCCAGAUCUCAUCAUGUGCAGGAAGCAGCCAGGGAUCGCCAUCGGAAGGCUUUGUGAGAAAUGUGACGGUAAAUGAGUCAUUUGUGAUUCUUACGUCCAUCCUUGCUCUUUAGUCAAGAUUUGUGAUGAGUGCAAUUUCGGAAGUUUCCAAGGCAGAUGAACUAUUUGCGGAGGCCCAGGCAUUUCUGACGCCUAUUACUGCAAGGAAUGUGUGCUACUGGAGAAAGAUAGGGAUGGAUGCCCGAAAAUAGUUAACCUAGGAAGUGCCAAAACAGAUCUGUUCUAUGAACGAAAGAAAUAUGGGUUUACUCAGAAAUAAUUAAGGAUGGAGGUUGGCUAAAUUUCAAGAAUUUUA